AUGUAAAUUAAUUUUUGCACUCCUCAGUUCUUUUUUAAUAUUUCUCAAAAGUUCCCAUUCAUAGUGUAUGAUUUUAGAGAAAAUCAAAACGGUUACCUAAAAAAUAGUAUUCAUAUAACUAAUUUGGAUAAUAUUGACACAGUUGCAGAUAUUUAAAAACAUUUUCAAUAUCCAGAAUAAAUUUCAGAACGUCAGAAACUAGAAAAAUUAUUUAACAAUAGAAAGAGGAAUUAUAAUUUUUUUGUUCCUUUUGAUACAUCAGAUAUGUUCAGUUUGAUUUUUAAACAUAAAAUAAAAAGUGAAGGAUCCUAAACUUCUGAUUAGUUCUGUAUUCCUAUAAAAGAAGUUAUUUCAUUAUCGUAAGAGAUUACAAAAAUUACAAAUAAGAAUAAUAUGUUUCAAAGAAAAAAUAGAGCUUAAACUAUGAUCUUAUAAUAGAUUGAUGAUCAAAUAGUUGAAGAUGCUUCACAAUAAAAUUUAUUUUAAUAAGGAAACAAAUAAACUAUUAUAUCAAGUAGAAGACUUCUUGAAUUACAUGGUAAUGAUUUGGUAUUUAUACAAAGAAACUUCAAUAUCAAGUGGUCCAAAGAUUAAAUACAGAUCUGUUAGCCAACCAUAAAUAUUAGAUUAUGGAGAUGAGUGUUUCUAUUCAAAUUCAGAGAUUUUUGAUACUAUGUUCAAAGCAUAUUAAGUAUUCUAGAAAGACAAGAUUAGAUAAAUUUACAUUCUUUUAGAUCCUGUUCAAAUUAUUUUUGCAAAUUAUCCUUUUUUGAAUUAUAGUAUUGUUAGAAAUAGAGGUUUCUUGGAUAAAACAUUUCCUAAUGAAAUAAUCGAAAAGAAAUUGUAUUUAGGGAAUGGUGAACAUGCUUAAGACACUGAAAUGCUUAUAGAUAUAUUAGGUAUAACUCAUGUUGUAAAUGCUACUGUUGAAAUAUAAAAUUACAGUAACUAAUGUAAUACAAUAUAUCAUUAUAAAUAUAGUGAAAUAUCUGAAAGUAGAAAUUUAUGAUGAACCACAAGUUUAUAUUAAAUAAUAUUUUGAUUAAGUAUAUUAAUUUAUAGAGAAUGCAUUUUAAGAAAAUGGGAAGGUUUUUUUGUUAUCAUUAAUGAAUAGGUUUUCAUACAUUGUGCAUAAGGGAAAUCAAGAUCAGCUUGUUUUACUGUAAUGUAUUUGAUGAGAAAGAAUGAUUGGUCUUUUGAAUAAGCUUAUGAUUUUGUUAGAGAAUGCAGAGAAAUUGUUUGUAUUAAUGAUGGUUUUAUUAAUUAAUUGAUCGAUUGA